CUUUCGAGUGAUUUUCAAGCAGAAUGUGACAGAUGUCAAACGGGAAAAGCUCUCUUCCUGUGUGUGUCUGUCUCUGUCUUUCUUCUUCGCUUUUAUCUGCCGUGUUCUGUAGGAUUGUUGUCCUCUAAGAUUCUACCUGGGAUUUUCCUCUGGAAAAGUUGCUGCAGUUCAAUCAAAAUAUGGAACUUGAUUUUGGACAUUUCGACGAAAGAGACAAAGCAUCUAGGAAUAUGAGAGGGACACGGAUGAAUGGGCUUCCAAGUCCCACUCAUAGUGCACACUGUAGCUUCUACAGAACCAGAACCUUGCAGGCACUAAGUAACGAGAAGAAGGCCAAGAAGGUACGUUUCUACCGCAAUGGGGACCGCUACUUCAAGGGGAUUGUGUACGCUGUUUCUUCUGACCGUUUUCGUAGUUUUGAUGCAUUGCUGGCUGACCUGACUCGAUCCUUGUCCGACAACAUCAACCUGCCUCAGGGAGUGCGUUAUAUUUACACCAUCGAUGGAUCCAGGAAAAUUGGAAGCAUGGAUGAACUGGAAGAAGGGGAAAGCUAUGUCUGUUCCUCAGACAACUUCUUUAAAAAGGUUGAGUACACCAAGAAUGUCAAUCCCAACUGGUCUGUCAACGUAAAAACAUCUGCCAACAUGAAAGCUCCCCAGUCCUUGGCUAGCAGCAACAGUGCUCAAGCCAGAGAGAACAAGGACUUUGUGCGUCCCAAACUCGUGACCAUCAUCCGCAGUGGGGUCAAGCCUCGGAAGGCGGUGCGUGUGCUUCUCAACAAGAAAACAGCCCACUCUUUCGAGCAGGUUCUCACUGAUAUCACAGAAGCGAUCAAACUGGAAACCGGAGUUGUCAAAAAACUCUAUACCCUUGAUGGAAAGCAGGUUACCUGUCUCCAUGAUUUCUUUGGUGAUGAUGAUGUGUUCAUUGCUUGUGGUCCUGAAAAGUUCCGCUAUGCUCAAGAUGAUUUUUCAUUGGAUGAGAAUGAAUGCAGAGUCAUGAAAGGGAAUCCAUCUGCCACAGCUGGCCCAAAAGCUUCCCCAACACCUCAAAAGACAUCAGCUAAGAGUCCAGGCCCAAUGCGUCGCAGCAAGUCUCCAGCUGACUCAGGUAACGACCAAGACGCAAAUGGAACUUCCAGCAGUCAGCUGUCAACACCCAAAUCGAAGCAGUCUCCUAUCUCUACACCCACAAGUCCAGGAAGUCUGCGGAAGCACAAGGUAGACUUGUACCUGCCGCUGUCAUUGGAUGACUCUGAUUCACUUGGCGAUUCCAUGUGAAAGAUGAUAGGCUAUAAAAAAACCUAUCACUAAAGCAGAAUGCUUUCGCUCAAGUGACCAACAAGGCUAUUGGUGCUUAAACAUUUUUGUUGUUGUUGUUGUUGUUGUUGUUAUUUUUCAAAACACUCUGUAGUACAUAGGGUUUAUUUUCUUGUGACUUCUCCUCUGGGCCACUAAUUCACAAUUACCAAUUAUGAGAAAUAGAUUGAUAACCAUCCUUUUGAGUGACUUUCCAGAACUGCCAAAUGUGCUAGUCCAUGACCUUUCUACUGAAUGCUUAGGGGCCUUUGUAUUUUCCCCACUCAAUUUGUUCAGAUAGUAGUCUUUCUUACGUGGAAGGCUGUUUACAUACAUAUCACUUAAAAUGUUUGUGUGUGGGGGAAACAUUCAUAUGCAGAUCUGGAUGUGAAAAACCUAAGUGUCCCUUGCCUCUGUAUCUUCAAAAUGCUGGAGGAUGUCAGGAGGGUGGCAAGUCAGAUCCUUGGCUUGGCUCUCUGCUCUUAAUUGAGCCUCCAGUGUAUUGUCUAGCACUAAUCCUGUCUGUCAAGGAGGAGAAACACCAGCUACUUAUAAUGUGACACCAUGUACUUAGGGCUAUUGUAUAGGGCUAGCUGAAGGAGAUGAGGCAGAAUUGGGUGGAAAACUGCCCACAUUUCAGUAGGAUUUAUAAAGCACAGUGGAUUCCUGGUCAACUCCUCUAUUGGGGACAUUUGGAAUCAAUUGAUGAGUUUGGGCAAGUGAUGUCACAUAUAUGGUUCCUCCAGGAGGCUUUCCAACAAAGUUAGUACAUGAAUAGUAUGGUAUCCAUCUAGCUCUGUUCUAUUGAAUGCCUUGUAAACAACCAACCCUACAAACACUGUGAGAUUUUGUUUUCAGGUCUGACACCUUUUGGUCGCUUUUUAUAGCAAGAAACCAUAUCCUUUUUAUAAAAACUCAAGUCUGUAUUUCAGGAGCAAAACUCUUCAGGCUCCUUUUUUAUAAACUGGUGAUUUUUUCCUUUGUCUAAAAAACACAAGCAGAAAAUUUACCAAAAAAAUGCAGAAGAAUACUGUAGUUUAGAAACCACGCUCUCACUGCCAAACAGAAAACUCCAGGAGAAAACACAAUGACUAGAGGCCAAUUCAAUAGAAUCAGUCUUUUGAUACCUUUUUAACAGUUACACUUACAGUAAUAAUUUCAACGUGGACCAGACAUCCUAAUUAUAUUUUAAAUGAAAUGUUAUGGCAUAUUUUAAGUAACUCUUUUUUAUCGAUAAUCCUAAUAUUUCAUACUGAAGAUACAGAGACGUUUCACGUGUCUUUAACAUUAGAAAGGAUUUCUCUUUAUUAAGGAUUAAUCACUUGAAAUAACUCUCAGUCUUUGAGGUUUAUAACACUGAUUUUUGUCUGUAAUCAUAGCCCAUAAUAGCCAAGACAACUAAAUUUAGGUGAAAGCCAUGCAUGCCAAGUCUGUGUUUGAUUUUAAUAGAUAGGGAGAUUUCCUUUAUUUCUUUGUAAUUGUUUGUUCAGGUAGUUUGAAAGAUGCAUCGUUCAAAGCCACGAUGUUUGGCUUCUGAAUGAUAUGCAGUAGUCCCUCCAUUCUAAAUAGAAUGAGUGUGAGGUUCGUGUGUGUGUGUGUGUGUGUGUGUGUGUGUGUGUGUGUGUGUGUGUGUCUAGGCUGCUUCAUAAUUAAGAAAUACUGCAGGACAACUCAACAUGGAUUGAUGGUGACUCGGUGGCAUUGCUGAUGUGCAGGGGAAAAUAGGAUGGAAGGGUAGUUAGAGAGCCCCUUGAUAAUCUUCAGAUGUCCUUCAUUACAAGAUUACAAGAAACAUUGUUUUUUUGUUGGUUCAGGAGAAUUGAGAUGAUGGGAGUUCUGGUUUCUGGUUAAACUGGCCAUUGAAGAACCAAAAAUGAUGAGGUUCUGCUCUUGCCCUUUCUUUAUUUGUAUACCCACAUGAAAUGAUUAAGAAGCCCAUUUGACUUAGCCCCCAUUUCAUUCUAGAAGCUCAGUGUGUUCUUAGUGCCUCCCAGAACAUUUGAGUUAAUUAGGGCAAAUUCAUUAUUGGGGAUGGAUAGAAAUUAUGGUGGGAGGUCUAUUUUUAAUCUCUGGGCCAGGUCCUCCAACACACUCUAUGUCGGUCUUUCAGCAAAUCGCUUCUAGUGCCCUGUCUGUAUUUAAGAUGAGAACAUGAAUAUCCAGACAGCUUAAUGACCUACUAGCAGAGAAAAUUCAAAGUUCCUCAUGCCCAGUCUUCUCAGUAGUUCUCUAUGUAUUUUCUUACUUGUGGCAUAUACGCUACUAGAAAAUACUAUGGACAUAUUUUCUUUAGAAUGUUCUUGGAACAGACAUUCUUCUAUAACAAUAGUGCCCUUUCUGUCCAUCUUUGAACUAACUACGAGGAAACCUUUUACAAAUAUUUUUCAUUUAUAGGCAGGCACAUAUACAUGUAAGAACACAUUUUGUUUUUACAGCUACUUCAUGUGGCAGGGCUUGGUAUAGUUCAAAGCUCAAAUCUCCAAUAACUUCAUUUAAAAUUGGCUCAUAUUCAAGUAAAUUUUUUUUUCAGAACUGACUGGGCUCAUAUAUCUCCCUUACUUCAUGUCCAGUUUUAUCACUUUAGACCCAUUGUGUUGAGUAUGCACGGUCAGCAAGCAUUUGCCACUACUUUCCAUAAUGUCUCCCUUUUUAUUACACACACACACACACACACACACACACACACACACACACUCCAUGUUGCUUGUUCCUACCUCCUGACUUUUCUUCCCUGCAGAAAUAGAAAUCGGGGCAAAAAGGGAAAUGUGUAUAUAGGGGCUGGGUUGACAACUAACUUCAUAAGUAGUGGUAAUUAGAAUUAGUGAGAGAAAAGCUUUUUUUCUCAUAACUGUUUUGGAAAGGAUAGCCAUUAGCAUGACUGCUGUGUGUCCUUAUGGACUUAGUAUUAGCCUAGAAUGAAUCAUAGCAUUUUCUAGCUGGAAGGAAGCUGAAGAUCACAUCAUCUGCUCCAAACUCUUCAUUUUCUUAAGGCCAAGAAGCAGAAAAAGAAGUAAUUUCACCCCAAGGUCGCACAGUUGCCUGUUGGCAGUGUUGGGAUUAGAACCUACACCUCUUGGCUCUUAUUCCAGGGUCUUUUCCAACUAGCCAGUAUUGUCUUCUGUGAGGCUCCUGAAAAUUCUUUCCCAGGGUCGUGUUGCCUCCUGGAUCCAUAUGCUACUUUGUUGAUCUCAGCAAAAAAGCCACUCAGCAACCUAAUCUGGUCCUUUCUCUUCACAUUUUUAUUGUUUCAUCCUCAUGGGUUGCAGGUAGCCCCAAAGAGAGGGAGGCAUUGAGGACCAGAGGGUUGAUGCCCCACCUUCCAAAUUACCCCCCCAUCUCCUGCUCUGUCCAAGUAGAAUGGAAAAUGACUACUUUUUUUCCUUAUCAGUUUCCUUCAAUGUCAUUUCACACUCAUUAUUUCUCCCAGGAUAAGGGAGUUGUUUCUUGUUUCCAAAACAGAGAAAAUAAGAAAUGUAGAGCAAUAGCUUUGUUUAUUCUGAUUUUCUGAGAUGACUUUUUUUUUCAUUUUAAAAACUAGCCCCACUAGCAUUUCUACUAACAACGAUUUCUUUAAAAUAUGAUAAUUGUAAUUGUCCUCAGUCUCAAUGUCCCCAUAGCCAUGCUGCUCUGAUGAAAACAAUAUUCAAGUAUAAACAAGUAGUUUUGUCACUAAAUUGUCCCCUGAAUACCACUAAAUAUUGGUUCUUUGUACUUGUACCAAAAUAGCACACAGUAAUCUUAUACAUUAUAUUAUAUUCUAGCUCUUUGUGUAGCCUAUUUAUGUGGUUUUCCACAACAGAAAUUAGGACAACAUGAUCUGUACGUGUGGGUUUCUUUACAGCAAGGCUCUUUGGGAAGUAAUUAAAAUUAAUUGAGCUCUAAAAGACUUCUUAACUGGAUUUACCCAAGUUCAGGAACUCUUUUCUCCUCCUCUCCAGUUGGGAGUGACCAAGGAAUCCUAAAGUGGGUGUAUAGCUUCUAUGUCCUGGAUACUUCUUAGAAUCAUCCAGCCCAAGUUUUAGGCAAGUAACACAGUGCUUGUUUUGUAUAAAAUUGUGUGUGCAUCCCCAGUCUCUUCAAUAUUCUAGGUAGAGGUUUCACCAUUCCCUUUCACAUUUGCUUCCACAUGGGUUUCCCUUUUAGAAAACAAAGAAGUAAUACAAACCUUUUGGAUGGGAGAAGUAGCAUGCCCAUGUGUCCUUAAUGAGCUUCUGCAAUGAUGAGAAUAUUUCAAGAGACUAGGCUGCCUAAGGAACAACUGUGUUAAGAGACUUUUCUAGCAGAAGCUCCAUGACAACGUAGCUUCACUGACUUUCUUCACUAUGGAAAUAAAAGGUACUGGCUAUUUCUCUUUUCUUUCUUUUUUUAAACUGGUGACUGGAGCUUGUUCUUGUCAACAGAAGUCACUUGGAUCUUUAUCUAGGCCUCUUUUAUAUAUCGCCUUCACUAUAUUAAGAGGUUUAGCUUCUAGGUUCAAACUGGUUUCCUGUGAGGGUCGUGGUUGGGAUUUGAGAGAUGGCUAAGCAUUUUAGAGCACUGGCUACUCUUCCAGAGGACCCAGGUUAAAUUCCCAGCACCC